AUGAUUGAUGAUGAUAGUGAUGAUGAUAACGAUGAAACUUGUACAACUACAACAACCACAACCACAACUAUAACAAAAGUAAAAGAAAAAGUAAAAGAUGAUAAAACAAUUACAACAAAACCAAAAGUAAAAAAAGAUGAUAAUAAAUCAACUGUCUAUUAUGGAGAGUUAAAAUGUAUGAGUCAAAAGAAACAAUGUGAUAAUAAAGCGUAUUUUGAAGUAAAGUUAAGGGAUGCCGCUAAUUUAUAUUUAUGUGGUGUUCAUUCAAAGGCAUACAAGUCACUGGCAAGCUCGCUGCCAAAACGAACCAAAGAGUCGAUGGAGAAACACCAAGAGGAACUGAUGACACUCGAGAAUGAAAAGGUUGAAACGGCACGGCUUGCAAACCAUGCCAAAUCCGUAGCAGGCAAUGUUGUUCUCUCGCAGCUAAAGAUGAUGAAAGCACCUGAGCAGUUGGAUGGCUACCGCAAGGUGUUUCCAAACAACAAGCAUGGCGGUCGUAAAGAUGGUCUGGGCAUGCCGUCGCUCUCGCCAAUGCGACUCGGUCCAAUCGUACACAACCAGCCGAAUGCACCGGUAUCGUUGAAUCUUGAGAACUUCCAUCAGGGUAGCAAGUGCUUCAAGGUCGAAUUGGAGUCGGACGGAUCGGUCGGUAAGAAGUACCGCGCCAGUCGCGACAAGAUGUACAACGACCCGGAACCACAUCGACACAAAUACCAGCGUGGCGAUCGACCAGAGUUCUUUGUUUGGUAUACGAAAUCCGGUGAAGAGAAACGACUUGGUCCGUUGGAAUGCCGACAGUUCUACUGCAACUUCUAUGAACGACUCGCUAGUGUGACCGACGACUUUAAACAACUAAAGACUCUGCGAGAGAGUGGCACCAAUCUACAGAUCAUUGGAUACGACGCAAGACGUGUCGAUCCAACAGAGCAAGCUAUAAUGGCUGCCUACAAAGACACUCGAUUUCCAUUCGGUCAUGAACUUGUCAUCUUUGCAAUGCUAUUAAUUAGUGACCCAUUGAAAUAUCCUUGGAGAAUAAUGAAAACAGUUGAGUUUUAA